AUGGACAGGAAGCAUACUGUUGAGCAUCUCCUUCUGUCGAGGUCCUCAAAAUUACACGAUGACGGGGAGAUAUCGAAGCUCCUGGAGUCCCGAUAUUCGCUAACAGGAAGCCAGAAGAAUUAUUUAUCUUUGAAACCCACGGAAGGGACACAUGGAAAGAAGCAUAACCACAAAUCGAUACUGACUGCAAUUCAACUACAGGGAAAAAAUAAUAGGUUUUCGCCCACGAAGACUAAGAAUGAGUUCAAAUCGUUCAUCACAGACAAUCUCAAGUACCAGGAUAGACUUGUUCGCCAACUGCAUUUGAAACUGGAAAAGGACCCGAAUUUAUUGAACAAUCUGAAUGAUAUCACGGAGCUUAGGAUUUGCAAGAACUUAAUCCGAUAUGAGGACUAUGUCGAGAUGAAUAAGCUUUGGAAAGGCUACAUUCGAGAGAUUUUGGGUACGACUAAUCACAUACCCACGAUGGUGAGCAAGCUCUCGAGCAGCGAAUUAAUUGGAUCAGAACUCGAGGUUAUUCACAGUCGUUGCAUAAAUAAUAUAGGCAUGAAAGGAAUCGUCAUUUGGGAAUCUCAACACAAUUUCGUGAUGGUGGUACCGCGACAAGCAAACUGGAAGAAAGAUAUCAGUACGAUAGAGCCCCAGUUCACUUUGAAGGAAAAAAUCGGGGGGUUGAGGGUGAUAAGCAAGAGAAAUACGAACUUCAAGCUACAGCUCGAAACCGAGGAAUCGUCGAUCACAUUUGAGAUAAUAGGAAAUAGGUUGCUCAUCAGAAGCACUGAUCGUGCUACGCGAAGGUUCAAAAAUCAUUCGGUAAAAGACAUCGAUGUGUGA